AUCAUUCAGGGCUUCUACAAUGAAACAUGGAGCAGCAGGUUUUCAGAGCCCAUCCCUCAGAGCACUCUCACCGCUCUGUGGUCGCUCUCUGUGGCCAUCUUCUCUGUGGGAGGAAUGUUCGGCUCCUUCUCAGUCGGCCUUUUUGUCAAUCGCUUUGGCAGGAAGAACUCCAUGCUCAUGGCCAAUGUGCUAGCCUUUAUUGCCGCUGCGUUUAUGGGCUUCUCCAAGCUGGCUGCCUCCUAUGAGAUGCUCAUCAUUGGGCGCUUCAUAGUGGGUCUCUACUCUGGCCUAUCAACUGGCUUUGUGCCCAUAUAUGUGGAGGAAAUCUCACCCACAUCUAUCCGCGGAGCAUUAGGAACUCUGCAUCAACUGGGUGUAGUGAUCGGCAUACUGAUGGCACAGAAACUGGAAAUGGGCUGCUGGGCUGCUGGUGGCUGUGUUGGAGGUACGGGUGCUAUACGAGACCUCCUUGCUGGCUGGGUUGAUGGUGAUGGCUGUGGCAGAGCCUUUGUGCAGAGGUGUAUCUUGACCUGGUGGCAGGAACAGAUGGAGGUAGAGGCAGCUGUAGUGAUGCUGGUCCGCUGGUCCUUGGUGGUGAUGGCAGUGUUGAAGGCCCUUGAGGAACG